GACUCAUACUUCUUAUAAGGGAAGUUUAACAAGUUUGACUCAGUCUCCCUCCUGGUCCCAAACUUGGAUUCCAACAUCGCCAGAGAGUGAUUUGUUCAAGUGGCGGAGAAAGUCCCUCUGGGCCCUCUUCCUUCUCUCUGCAACUUUCCAGCUAACACUCCCUGAGAAUGGGUGACUGGAGCGCUCUGGGUCGUCUGCUGGACAAGGUCCAGGCCUACUCUACUGCUGGGGGGAAGGUCUGGCUGUCAGUCCUCUUCAUCUUCAGGAUCCUGGUCCUGGGUACUGCAGUGGAAUCAGCCUGGGGAGAUGAGCAGUCUGCCUUCAGAUGUAACACCCUGCAACCUGGUUGUGACAAUGUCUGCUAUGACAAAUCCUUCCCCAUCUCCCAUGUGCGUCUCUGGGUUCUCCAGAUCAUCUUUGUGUCAACGCCGACACUCCUCUACCUGGCUCAUGUUUUCUAUCUGAACAGAAAGGAACAGAAACUCAACAGGAAGGAGGAGGAGCUUAAAGCUGUACAAAAUGAUGGAGGAGAUGUUGACAUCCCACUGAAGAAAAUUGAGAUGAAAAAGCUAAAGUAUGGUAUUGAGGAGCAUGGCAAAGUGAAGAUGAAGGGUGCUCUGCUCAGAACCUAUAUAGUCAGUAUAUUCUUCAAGUCUAUGUUUGAGGUGGGCUUCCUGGUCAUCCAGUGGUACAUGUAUGGUUUCAGUCUGUCUGCAGUCUACACCUGUGAGAGGUCUCCAUGCCCACAGAAGGUGGAGUGUUUCCUGUCCCGACCUACAGAGAAGACCGUUUUCAUCAUCUUUAUGCUGGUGGUCUCACUGGUGUCCCUGCUGCUCAACAUUAUCGAGCUUUUCUAUGUGUUUUUUAAGAGGAUCAAAGAUCGUGUGAAGGGCAAACAGCAGCCCACUCUCUACCCCAGUGGAGGCACCUUGAGUCCCACUCCUAAAGAACUGUCCACCACCAAGUACGCCUACUAUAAUGGCUGUUCCUCCCCGACUGCCCCACUGUCACCCAUGUCCCCCCCAGGCUACAAGCUAGCCACAGGGGAGCGGGGAACUGGCUCAUGCCGUAAUUACAAUAAGCAGGCCAAUGAGCAGAACUGGGCCAACUACUCCACGGAGCAGAACCGGCUCGGCCAGAAUGGUGGAGGAAGCACUAUUUCAAACUCCCAUGCACAAGCCUUCGACUUCCCCGAUGACACCCACGAGCAUAAGAAACUGUCCUCAUCGGCAGGACAUGAGCUGCAGCCGUUGGCGUUGAUGGAUGCCCGGCCCUGUAGCCGUGCCAGCAGCCGGAUGAGCAGCCGAGCCAGGCCAGAUGACCUGGACGUGUAAAACCCAGUUCUUCCACCUCCCACCUCUGCAUGGCUGACGGGAUGUGUGGCUGCAGCCAGAGAAUCAGGAAACACUCCAUCACAUAGGUUCAUAUAAGAGGUGGGACUAAUCUUGAUCACUGUCAUCAUUAUAGAGACUCUUAGUCAAUCAAAGAGACAUUAAAACUUAUUAUGUAACACUGUCAGAGGUACAAGUUGCAAAUACUUUUUUCCAGUGACUUUUACUAUAAUGUUUUAGUGGAGCUAACCCAGCUGUACAGGAACAGAACAGCCACAGCAAUGGUACAAGAGUCUAACAGAGGUGGUCCUUAGAACCAGUCACUGAUCAGUUCAAGAGCAGAGGACCACACUGUUCAAAGACUGAUUUGGUUUUAAUUUGUGAAAGUCUCAUUUCUUCUUGUUUUCAUACUUUCUGCCAAUCCUCCAAUUGAUUAGAGUAAUUUAUUCACCACUGCCAUAGCUGAGAUCUGAAGGUAUGGUGACAGCAUCGCAAUAGGGUGUCUUCUUAGUUGUGUUUUUUUUUUUAACAUCUUGCCAGGGAUAUUAGAGAGAAAUCAGCCUUUAGGCUAAUUCUGGUUCAUUUACAUUUCCUUUCUCUGUUGAUCAUUGUUUCCUGUCAAAUAAACUAAUUGACAAAAAUAGUGUCCAUCAGAGCAAGACACAUCCCCAUACCCACUGGUCCCAAAUCCGUGUUUCAGCCAAAUGAUCUAUACCACAUAAUUUCAAAUGUGCGCUUUUAUCUCAGGCAAUAAUUAGAACUCCACCACCUCCCACCCAAAACUAUUCUGUUAAGAUUAGGGAAGGAACAAUACUGAGUUUUGGUAAGAGAUAGGAUGUAAAAUGUACAGUGCUGAAUUCACUCAUUGUCCCCAAGGGGUAUUACAGCAGAAUGAUGACACACUACUUCCACUUUAGUUCCAGAGAGAGUCAUUACAAGUAUGAUCACAACCGGUCUCUUGUGGGGAACAUGUAAACAUAGAUCAGGUAGUUGUUUGAACAAAUGACCAAUGCUGUUGUUUGUUCAGGUAAGGACAGUCCUAACUUUAAUAUAAACCUGUGUGAUCGACUGCAACGUCAUUCAGUCAACAUUUCAUUUGUACUAACACUGUGUGAUGGACUCAGCCACACUUGCAGUGAGAGGCUCUUACAUUUUGCUUAUGUAAUAAAGCUGCAUUUAUGUUUAAAUCAUCAUCAUUAAUACAUUUUCUUUUUGCUUUAACUUACAUCAUAGUAACUAUCUUAACCUAGUUCUCAAUUAAAAUCAGAUUUUAGUCUCUCAGUCACAGCAAAGACAGGAAUUAUUGUGUUGAGUAAAGUGUUUACCACUUGGCUCAUUCCUUACAGGUGACGAACAGUUAUAGUGAAUAUUUAUUGCUUGGCAUCAGUAGGACACCUACCACUAAGAGAAAAAUUGACUACUAUCCAGUAUCUCUUACUCACAGAAAACAUCUUACAUCAACUCCCCACCAACUGUAUAUUUAUUGACAGUAAAAAACAAUUUGUAUUUUUUUUUCUUUAGUAACUGCCAGUCAGAGUGGACUGUUGUUUCCUGAUAAACUUUGAAUUUAUGUGGUCCUAUGUUUUCAUUUUGUGGUUUUAUUUGUCUUUUUUUGGGGUGUGUGUGAGAGUGGCAGGGCUGAUGGUUCAGGCUGCUGUAGCACAGCAAACUCUGUUCUACUUGUGUGUGGGUUCCUUAAAGAAAGGCUUUAUUACUGUCAUUCAUUUUACCUGUGUGUUCUCUUUUUUUUAUUCAUCUUUUGUGGGCAGUAGAGAAAGACAGUUGAAUGAUUAUCUGUGUAUUUGAGUGAAUGAUUUCUUCAUUCUGUAGGUAAUGUUUUGAUUUCAGACUCAGAAUUAACCAUUGCUGCUUGGAUAUAGAUAUUUAGUACUGUAAAUCAAGCUAACUGUGUCACAAAAAUGUGAGUUUUUAGAAGACUGCUUAUAGAUUUGGACUAAUAUUUAGUCAAUUAUAUUAAAAUGUAUGCCAAUGUAGCUCCACAACUACCCAACAGUAGGAUAAAUCUCAAUUUGGGCUUCUUUUCUCUUUAUUGUCAUUUUAAAUUGUCAAUGUGCAUCAUUUUGUCGGUACUUACAUAUGUCAUGGAUCUUUCAGCUACAAUGGCAUUUGCACUGAGAUCUUGGUGAUAGAGAUGUAAUAUGAUGCAUGUGAUACACAUGUUACUAAUUUAUUUUAUAAGAUAUAACAGAAAUCACUACAGUGCAUAAUAUCAGACAUCUGGCCACUGGUUUCAUUGACUGGUUCUGUGAGAGAUGUCUUCCAUUGACAGAACAGGAGCAAUAGUCAUUUGUUGCAGUUACACAGACAAUGCUAAUCCAUGGGGAUCCACUGUUGUACAGUGUAAGUGCAUGAUAGCAAAACAAAAAAACCCAUUAAUUGUAUCUGUGAAAAGCUAUUUUAACCAAUAAAUAUUUUUCUUUCUUAA